GUUUGUGUAGCGUUCGUGGCGCAGUACGCAGUAUGUGUGACGUGGCGCACAUGUUUCUACUCGGUCAGUGUGUUGUUGUGAAGAGGCGCACAGUGGUACAGGAUGCUGCGUCUACGUUGCAAGGCCAAGAAUGGGACCCAUCUAAUGCAGGGGCUUACACACCAGUCCUGUGUUCAGGAGCUUAAAGACAAGAUUGAAGAGCUAACAGGGAUACCUUGCGACGUACAGAAAAUAAUGGUGGGCUAUCCGCCAUCCAGUCUAGAUCUACGUAAUGGCGAAGCCCACAUUAAAGACUACCCCAUCAAAUCAGGAGACACGUUGAUUGUAGAAGAGGAGAAGAACAAACCGAAACCUCAAACACAAACCACUGUGACCAAAGGGCCCAGUUUUGACCCUCACCCGGUUGUAGAGCGCCGUGUUGUCCCUGCAGACAACUCUUGUUUGUUUACCAGCGUGCACUAUGUUAUGGAAGGGGGUGUAUACGAUCCCGCCUGUGCCUCUGAAAUGAGAGGCCUCAUCGCACAAAUCGUAGCCAGUGACCCUACCGCAUACUCGGAGGCAGUGCUGGGCAAGUCGAAUGAAGAUUAUUGCGCCUGGAUUCGUCGCGAUGACACCUGGGGGGGUGCCAUUGAGGUCUCUAUCCUUUCAAAGUUUUACCGGUGUGAGAUCUGUGUCGUUGACACGCAGACAGUGCGCGUGGAUCGCUUCGGCGAGGAUGCAGGCUACACCAAACGGGUGCUGCUUAUUUACGACGGAAUUCAUUACGAUCCACUUCAAAAGGUGGUGCCCAAUUCAGAUGUUCCCCCCCAGACUGUGUUCUCCGCCACAGAUGACAUCAUUCUAGCCGAGGCAUUGGAGUUAGCAGAUGAGGCGCGGAGAAAACGGCAGUUCACGGAUGUCAACCGUUUCGCACUGCGCUGCAUGGUGUGCCAAACUGGACUGGUGGGGCAGAAGGAAGCGAGGGAGCAUGCCAAGGACACCGGACACACCAACUUUGGGGAGGUGUAAAACUCCGCUGGUUUUGAAAUCCCCCCUAAUUUUGCCACUCCACUGCCACCUGACUUGGUACUCACUGUCUGUUCCGGCUUGGUACAGUCCUCUACCUCACGUUGUCUGUCGGAGACUUCAUGUGUAGAGUCCACCAGAAAUUCAGUAUUAUUUCAACUUUGGUUUACUCUUGAGGUUGAAGUGCUGCGUUGUGUUUUUGGAUCUGUUACCUCACAUGACAACGAAGCUUCGGUUUAAAGCCAAUUUUAAUUUGCCACUGAUUGAUUAUCUGUUAGUUUUAUUGACUGUGAGGAUGAGUUUUAGCUACUAUGUCUGGGUCAUUUUUCUCACAAAAAAAUCAAAAAAGACGUUUUUCUGUUGUCUGUGUCCUGACGAGACGUGUGAAGAACUGCUUGACAAUGCUGGUAAAACUCUGGCUUCUUCUGUAGGACUUAAGACUAAUGAAACUUUAAAUCAGUGACCGGCCACAUUAGGCAAAUAUUUGUUAUUUGUAAUGAAACAUGUAUGCCGCUCUUUUCACACAUUGACAUUAGAGAUGAGCAUUAUUAAAGUUGUAGACACUAGAGUUGUUACCUACUGUAUGUGGCAUGAAAUGCCUUUCAUGAUCUCAGAUUUAAUAAUGGCAUUGUUGUAUUUAUAUUCUUCGUGUUCUCAAUCUCAAUGUCAUAUCACACAGCUUGAACAAUUCUUGACACUACUGCAAGUCUUAACUUUAGUGGAUUCAUUGUACCUGUUACUUGAAAUAUUCAAAUUGAUCAAAUGUAAAUAUCACCUCUGUGCGUUUCUGAAUCCUAUGCGGUUUUACACAUGUUUGCGUGAGCGAGUUAGGUUUCAGAAGUGUGGAUUUCACAUUGAAGUGAACAACAAUGGUGCUGACAGUAGAAUUUCACUGAAAUGCUGAUUAUGUAGAUUUAGUUUUUCUUUGAAGAGCCGUUGUGUCAUUUCUGCACAUGACCACACGGGAUUGUUUUAUGCAAAUGUUUUUAUUCUGUCUUCCAAGAGUGAUUGUAGUGACUUUUAUUUUAUAUUUUAUGAGAAGAAAUGUGUCAUGUUGAACUUCUUCCGUGUUUGCUUGAAAUAACACAGGUGUUGGGUCAGUAUUGGACGUUUAGGAGCGAUGUUUGUGUAGCAAAGUAUUACAGGGGUAGUGUGUCGAUAAACUUCAAAUAGAAGAUUUACAUUUACACUGAUUAUUUUUUAUCACAGUAUUUUCAUUCUGGUACUUUCCACAUGAUUGUGUACUGGUUUUCAGCAGGAUUCAUAUUUUUUGCCUGAGAAAUGCCAUUGUGAGGCCAAAGGACUUGUUUUAUUUUCUUGAGGAUUUUUGCAAAUGGCCGUGAUCAGUGUUUUAAAUACAGCACGUUUAGGUUACACAUUUAAGGUAACUUUGAGUGAGAACUGCAUGCCCAUUGCCCAGCACUCAUUGCAACCAAAUCACUGGUUAUACUAGGUUAAUGAAAAAUAAACUUGAA